AGGUUACUAAGUUAGUGGGUGAUCUAGUGGCCGGUGGCGUCAUCUCAAGUGAUGUGGUGGAGGAAAUUGCGCGAGAGCAACAGACAUUCUCACGGUACAACAAGGCACCGCGGAAACCCGCCAACUGGUACUACAUCGACUACGAGAAGAUGGUCAACAUGGCCAAAUGGAAAGUGGAUCGUGUAGGUAAAAUGCUCGAAACAAAGGCCAAUACCCGCAAGGACAACCAGGGCUACCAUUGCCCCGCGUGCGACAUGAAGUACUCAGCCCUGGAUGUGGGUGAACUCAUGGACUUCAACAAUCCAGGCCAACUCACCUGCACCCGGUGCAAGGGUGAAGUGGAGGAGGCAGAGGUCAAACAGGAUGCCGAUGAAGGAGCCAUCUCUCGCUUCAACAAACAGAUCAGCAAACUCACCGACUGUCUCAGCGAGUGUGAUAAGGCGACUAUUCCGGACAAACGAAUGCAAGUGCGAGCAUCGCGUAUGGCCUUCGCCGCAAAUUCGAGUGAUGUGAAGGCAGAAGCCAUGCGCACAGCGUACGAAGCAGCCGCAGCGAAGAAGCGAAAGGAAACUCAGUGGUCUGGUAGAGACUAUCUGGGCGACAUCAAUGCAACACUCAGCAUUCAACUCGUGCCUGGUAACGAUUUAGUGCUGCCUAUGAGGGUCAAUGAAGGGGAUAUGCAGACAGCGUACGAUACGUAUUACCUGCUAUGCAACGCCUGGCGGGAUCACACACCUGUCACAGACGACAAAGAGACACACAAGUCUGAAGAGGACAAACUCAUGGAGAUAGAGCGUCAGAUGGAACGCAAGCGUGAAAAGUUCUAUAUUGUCGAUCUGAAGGAUAAUCUGGAUGAUUCCGAUGAUUUGGAUGAAGAGGCUGACGGCUCAGACACAGACGCAUACACAGAACAUUCCGAUGACAGCGCCCUAGACGAACCUAUCGACACAGAUCAGUACUGGACAGAUAUUGUCUACGACCCCUCAACGCAGGUGCAAAUUGGAAACACAGCACGCACACUCAGCUCAAUCACCGCCGAUGACAUCAAGCGCAUGACUGACGCCGAAUACAACACCUUCUUCGAUGCGGUGACCCAACACACGAACAAUUUCCUGUGCAAAAGCAAACGCAGCAUACGCAGACAGUUUGAACGGCAACGGAGGGCGGAGAUGCAUACCCGGCGGCUGGGUGGGGGGAAUGGGAGUGGUGCAGAUAUGGGAAGUGCGGGGUCGCGGUAUGGCGGUAACCUAGCAACCAUACCUACCUUGGACCCUGAGGAAAUGACCGCAGAACAGCUGAGUGCGAGUUUUCGGGAGGAUGAGGAGACAGCCGACAAAUUAGGUGGGGCCGAUUAUUUGGGAUCGUCUGGGGACGAUGACAACGGCAGUGAUAUACACAGUACAGGGAACAUAGAUAGCACGAACAGUAUAACAAAUAAAUAGUAGAGAUGAUGCGAGAGAUAUACAAGAUAACAGUAACAUGAAAGGAGUUGACUCCGUCAGUCUUGGGCUGGGAAUGAAAGAUGAUAUAAACUCGGCAGUGAAACUACAUCGUCAAGUCGAAUCAGAGAGAAUAAAAUAAAAUGGCUUGCAAC